GUGAUAUUCGUACAUCUUUGCUGUCCUCUUGUGGAAUAAUGCAGCAGUACUCAAAUGUUGGAGGAGGAGCUCCCCAGGCAAGCACAGGCAGGGAGUGUGUGUGUGUGUGUUCAUUGGUAAACAGACUGUACUGUAGUCACUCCUCUCCUCUGUACCUCCUGGCUACUACUUCCUGGAUACCAACAACUUUGCCUUAUGAUCUCUGUAUCCAAGAGAAAAUCGUGGCUUGUUCGUCGUCAGCUGGCUGUUUUCAACCUGCUGCUCAGCUUCUGCUUCUUGACUUCCCAUCUGUGUUUGACAGGAGACACUCUCAACCUGGACGGACAGCAGGACAGUUUGGCAUUGAAAUGUGGCUCAUGGUCGUCUGCGCCCCGCUGCUUCCUGCCAUCGCCAUGGUGUCUGGUCGUUAUCAUGUCAAAGCUGCAGCUCUGUGUCGUAGAGCUCUGGCCUGGGCACUGAGGCUGCUGCGAGGGAGAGUGUGUGUGAGGAGCACCCACGCCUUUGUGUUCUCCAGAUGCACCCACGGCAAAGCUGACAGCGUCCUGGAGACUUUUGAUCUUUACGCUGACACACACCCGUCUUUCUGCAUCAGUCCACAGAUUGCUGAGGCACUGGAUGACGUGGUGAGGCGUGUUCAGCCCUCCCUGGUGUUAGAGCUGGGCAUGCACUGUGGCUACAGCUCUGUCCGUCUGCUGCGUCUGCUGCCCCCUGCUGGCAGACUUAUCACCGUGGAGCAGGACCCACUCACAGCAGACCUGGGGGAAGAAAUCAUUCUCGUAGCCGGCUUCAAACACUCCCACUUCCAGGUGUUGACAUGUAGCUCAGCUGAGGCCAUCCUGACAUUGCGUCCGUUUCUUGAGCUCAGUAAAGGGACCAAUGAGGGACUCAGUCUGGUGCUGAUGGAUCACGACCCCCAGCAGUACUUUCCAGACUUGCUAGCUCUGGAGAGUGAGGAGCUCCUCAGCCCUUCUGGCUGCUCUGUACUUCUGAUCUACAGGAACCAAAGAGCUGAAGAUCUCAGAGACAUCCUGGAUCACGUUAGGUCAAGGCCCGACUGCUACUGCAUUAAGUCAGAGCUUCAGUUUAUGAUGGAGAUCUUCUACCAGAAGGCGUAGAUAAGCGAUAGUAAAAUCUAAAGAUGUGGGUGUGUGCUUCAAGUUUGUGAGAACCAUGGGUGUUACAUAAUUCAUUUCUCUAGUAUUAUUUGUGAGACAAAGACAUGGAGGAUGAAAAAAUAUGUGCUGAAUAAAUUAUUUCGGACAA